AUCCCCACUAUAUUUGUCUGAACUCUUGACUCCCUUGAGCCUUAAACCUCUAAAUUUUCAACCAAAGAAGGUAUGGCUUCCGCGAACAUUUUCUCAUAGGGAUAACAGCACACCAACUGUUUGCUAAAAUAAUCAGCUGAACCCUUCUUCCUCCAUCUUUCUGUUUUUAACAAUCUUACCGAGUUGCUCAACCAAAGAGAUAAACAGUUAAGCUCUCUAAAUGGCGGAGAGGCUCGCUCUCCCUCUUCUCCUUCCAAGCCCCCCGCCUGUUAAACCCCCAUUUUUAUAUCAAACCCACAACCAAAACCCGCCUUUACAACCCAAUUCGCCUCCUUCGUCGGCUCCGCUCCUUCAAGACCUCCUUCGACACGACUCCAAGUCGCAGCAACCCAUCGAGCCACAGGUCCAGACCCGGACCCGUCUCGGCCGCUCACGUGACCUCAACCGUGGGAAGCGUUGGACUCAUAACAACCUCUGCGCUCAAGGUCAGCAGGCUCUCGACUCUUUAAUCGACCCUUGUUUAGAUCCCGAUCGACUCGAUGUUGUUUUAGCUAAGUUAUUUGAGCAAUACCAAGAGAACCCAGAUGUUGGAACGGAUUUUUUGACUUCCCAAGUACUGGGAAUCGUUAAAGCUUUGGGGUUUUACAAGAAAUCUGACUUGGCUUUGGGUGUUUUUAAUUGGGUUAAGGCUAGAAAAGGCUGUGAGUUGGUCUUGAAUAGUUCAAUUGUUGCUGUUGUUAUUAGUAUGUUGGGGAAAGAGCGGAGGGUUUCUGUAGCAGCCAAUUUGCUUAAUUGUUUGCACAAAGAAGGGUUUAGUCUCGACGUUUAUGCUUACACGUCGCUGAUAACGGCGUACGCCGGUAGCGGGCGGUACCGGGAAGCGAUGAUGGUUUUUAAGAAAAUGGAAGAAGAGGGCUGCAAACCUACUUUGAUUACUUAUAAUGUGAUUUUGAAUGUGUAUGGUAAAAUGGGCUUGCCUUGGAGUAAGGUCAUGUCUCUUUUCGAUGGGAUGAAGAGCGAAGGAGUUGCCCCGGAUGCUUAUACUUAUAAUACGCUCAUAAGUUGCUGUCGUCGAGGGUCUUUGCACGAGGAAGCGGCUUUGGUUUUUGAUGAGAUGAAAUCGGCUUGUUUUAGUCCAGAUAAUGUUACUUACAACGCUUUGUUGGACGUUUAUGGGAAGUCUCGGCGACCUAAGGAAGCUAUGGAUGUUUUGAAAGAGAUGGAGCAUAAUGGUUUUGCCCCAAGCAUUGUGACUUAUAAUUCGUUGAUUUCUGCUUAUGCUAGGGAUGGUCUGUUGGAGGAAGCGAUGGACUUGAAAAUGCAGAUGGAGCGAAAAGGGAUUAAGCCUGAUGUUUUUACCUAUACCACUUUUUUGUCGGGAUUUGCGAAAGCCGGAAAAGACGAGUCCGCGAUGAUGAUUUUCGAGGAGAUGAGGAGUGCUGGCUGCAAGCCAAAUAUUUGUACUUUUAAUGCUCUAAUUAAGAUGCAUGGUAACCGGGGAAAGUUUACUGAGAUGAUGAAGAUUUUUGAUGAGAUCAAGGCAUGCAAUGGUGCACCGGAUAUUGUCACUUGGAAUACGCUACUGGCAGUGUUUGGGCAAAACAGAAUGGAUUCAGAAGUGUCGGGAGUAUUCAAGGAGAUGAAGAGGGCAGGGUUUGUACCCGAAAGGGACACGUUCAACACUUUAAUCAGUGCAUACAGUCGAUGUGGUUCUUUCGAUCAAGCCAUGGAUAUUUAUAAGAGAAUGCUGGAAGCUGGAGUUACACCGGACCUUUCUACAUAUAAUGCUGUUCUGGCUGCAUUGGCACGGGGAGGACUUUGGAAGCAGGCAGAGAAAAUACUGGCGGAAAUGAGAGACGGUCGCUGUAAACCCAAUGAGCUGACUUACUGUUCUUUGCUUCAUGUUUAUGCCAAUGGGAAGCAGGUAGACCGGAUGCACGCCCUUGCGGAAGAGAUAUACUCUGGUAUCAUUGAACCUCAUGCCGUUCUCCUAAAGACUCUUGUUUUGGUUAAUAGUAAAUGCGACCUUCUCAUGGACACGGAGCGUGCUUUCUCGGAAUUGAGGAAGAAAGGAUUUCCGCCCGACAUAACUACGCUAAAUGCCAUGCUCUCGUUAUAUGGCAGGAGGCAGAUGGUUUCGAAGACAAAUGAGAUCUUGAACUUCAUGAAUAAGAGCGGCUAUAGUCCGAGCUUGACGACCUACAAUAGUUUGAUGUAUAUGUAUAGCCGCUCUGAAAAUUUCGAGGAAUCAGAAAAAAUCUUAAGGGAAGUUUUGGCCAAAGGAAUUAAACCCGAUAUAAUUUCGUUCAACACCGUUAUCUAUGCCUAUUGUAGAAACGGUCGAAUGAAAGAGGCUUCACGGAUAUUUUCUGAAAUGUGCGAUUCUGGCCUCGUCCCGGAUGUGAUCACUUAUAAUACCUUUGUCGCAAGUUAUGCAGCUGAUUCCAUGUUUGAGGAGGCCAUCGAUGUUGUCCGAUUCAUGAUUAAGCAUGGCUGUAAACGAAACCAGAAUACAUACAACUCCAUAGUCGAUGGAUAUUGUAAACUUAAUCGUCGGGAUGAGGCGAGGACGUUUAUCCGCAGCCUUCCGAAGCUAGAUCCGCAUAUUUCCAAGGACGAGGAAAUUAGAUUAUCGGACCGUAUCAUGGAAAAAUGGUCAUAGAAGGUUGUCUUCCGUAAAGAAAACCAAAUCUCCGCUGUGUUACCAAUGUUCGUCGUGUUCAUUGAUUCGAGUACGGAGACUAAGAAGAAAUGAGAUCAUGUUUUGCAUGAUUCCUACCGUCUUUAGCUAUUCGAAUGCCUAGAGCUGUAUAUAGCUAUGCAUGUGGUGGGGGAACUCUGUAGUAUAUAGCUGAUGAAACAAGAACUGAGAACGGUGAAGGUAUGUAUAAUUGUUUUU